AUGACGACGUAUUAUUGUUCAGAACACCGAAAUGGGUGGACUGCAUCGCACAGAAUAGAAAAUGUUUCUAUUUCCAUUUACCACAUGGCAGGAGUUCAUCGAAUCCGGCCUCCGGUUCUUCUCUGCCGGCGCCGACCGGUCCGGUCGAAAACUAUCGACAUUGGAGCUCGAGCUCGUCAGCUCCAGAACCGGCGACUCUGGACCUAUGCACUAUCCUUCAGCGGCAGCGCGGCGAUUAUAGUAAUCGUCUUGUACCAAUUUCAAGAUCAAAUGGUGUUCUACGUGACUCCGACUGAGGCUCUGGAGGAUUACGCGGCAAAUCCUUCCAAAAACAAGUUCAGGUUGGGCGGUUUGGUGCUCGAAGGCAGCGUGAUGCAGCCAGCGCACUCGCCGGAUAUGGAGUUCGUGGUCACCGAUCUGAUUACUGACAUCUUGGUACGGUACCAAGGCGCCUUGCCGGACUUGUUUCGAGAGGGACAUUCGGUGGUGGUGGAAGGAUUUGUGAAGCCGUUCACGGAUGAAAUCCGUAAGGAGGUGUCCGCGAGGAGUGUCUCUGGGAAGGCAAGAAGUGGAGAUUAUUAUUUUUCAGGGAUUGAGGUGCUUGCAAAGCAUGAUGAGAAGUAUAUGCCUAAAGAAGUAGCAAAGGCUAUAGAGAGGAAUAAAAAGAAACUCGCAGAGAUGCCUGAAGAUGGGGAGAGAGCUAAGAGCACAUAGAUUAAUGGGUAUGAUUCAAUUUUCCUGUUUCUGAGCCAUAUCCAAUUUUAAUAUUAUUGGGAUAGGGCCAAGGGUUCUAGAAACUGGAUACUGUUUCUACCACUAUUAGUUAACCUUACUGGAAUCUGUACUGAGAAAGAGAUUUGAAUUAUAUUACUCGAGGCUCUAACUAAAGAUUUUGUUGUUGUAAUCCCUCAUUCAUUAUUCUUUUUUUGGCAAAUGUACUGUGAUGGAGUGAUGAAUAAAUACAAUUCACAAUAGAUAUUGUAUUAUAA